CCUUGGCCGGUGUGACGUCACGAGUGUCAACAACAUGGCAGGUGCUGGGUGCCUGGGGAGAACCUUGGCAGCUUUAUCACGGUUUAUUCCAUCUUCAGGGGGACUUCAACCUCCAAAUUUAACGAGACGAUGUUUCAAUAGACAUUUUAAUGGAAUGUCCAUAAAUAAGAGUGAAUCAAAGUCUCAGUUAUGGAGAGAACGUUUGGUAAAUAAGCCGUUCAAGCCGAUGCAAUUAAGCUUUGUGAGACGAACAGCUUUGGCUCUCAUAGGUUGUGGAGGCGUUUUUGGUGUUUCUUAUUACAGCUUAUUACCAGUUGAUUGUCAGGACGUAUUAAUGGAGGAUAUAGAUGAAGAAGACAUCAGGUUAUCUACUGUCAAACCACUUGAGAUGAAUGAAGCAGCAGCCCUCACACACACCUCACUCCUGCGGCAGGCAAGUGGGGUGACUGUGGAUGCAUCACUCCAGCUGCUACACCGAGUCCUCCGAGCCAGGCUGGAUUUCUCUACACAUUACAGAAAACAGCUCAAUGAUGUGAUUGACCUCCUGGAGUACUGCACUUCAUCAUUACACAAUCAGGAGCGGCACGAUGCCAUCUGGGAAAGCCUCGUUAUUUCAAGGGUUAAGAUGGAGUCCUUAAAAGAUCAACUCAAGGACUUGAACAUCUUGGUAAAUUACGUGUUCACUACACUAGAGAACGCGGCCAUGGCAGCAUUUAUUAGUGGUGUGGAGUUCACAGCAUCAGCAGCACAACAGGCGAUUGACAGUGCCAAAUUAGAGUUGGAAAAUGAUACAAAACAAAACUUGGCUCUGGAGAUGCAGUACCUUCAAACACACACCCAGCAUAUUGAAGCAUCCCAGAAGGUACAGGAGGAGAUAGAGAAAAGAAAAGAGGUAGUUAUAGAAUACAAAACUGAUGAUAAUGAAGGUCUCGGUGAAAGUGAAGAGUCCAGAACAGAUUAAUGCUAUAAGUUAUAUAUAAACCUUCAUUAUCCUGCUGAGGUUUGUCAAGUAUUUUGCAAUUUCAGUGUUCAUUAGAUGGAUAUUGUACAGAAUCAUAAAUAAUAUAACCAUCUUCAAUAACGAAAAAACAACUGUAUAUAAUUUGUAAUCUGAUUUGAGAAUAAAGAGAUAAGUUGUA